UAAUUCAGAUGAACAUAGUGUUAUAAAAGACUCAUAUAGAUUUGGCAGCAUAUUGCGGUGAUCACUGAUUCUUGCAAAAAUUUAGACAAAAAGCUGUGGACGCGUAAAGUUUUUGUGAACUGUUUUAACUCUUCAUUGUCCCUCUUUUUUUUUCACGAUGUCAUCGAGAUAUGACCGCGCGAUUACGGUCUUUUCUCCAGACGGCCAUUUGUUCCAAGUAGAAUAUGCACUAGAGGCAGUCAACAAAGGCUCUACUUCGGUUGGUGUCCGAAGCAGAGAUGUGAUUGUGAUUGGUGUGGAGAGGAAAACUAUGGCCAAGUUUCAAGAUCCACGAUCUCAGCGAAAAAUUACAAAAUUGAAUGACGAAAUUGUCGUGACAUUCGCGGGUCUCAAUGCAGAUGCGCGCGUUUUAAUAAAUAGAGCACGCGUGGAAUGUCAUUCUUAUCAAUUAACUCUAGAAGACUCUCCUACGGUAGAAUAUAUUACUAAAUAUAUCGCCGGCAUUCAGCAAAAAUACACGCAAUCCGGUGGCGUGCGGCCUUUUGGCAUCAGCACAUUGAUUGUGGGAUUUGAUCACGACCAAGCAAAGCUUUUACAGACAGACCCGUCAGGAACUUAUAGCGAAUGGAAGGCAGUAUGUAUUGGCCGAAAUUCCAAAGUUGUCAAUGAAUUUUUACAAGCUCAUUACUCCGAAGAGAGUACCAAAGAUGAGCACAGUACAAUCAAAUUGGCGGUUAAGGCAUUAUUAGAGACAGUAGAGUCUUCUAAAAAUCUAGAAAUUGCCGUCAUGCGUAAGGACACAGGAUUGUGCUUUCUAACCUCGACAGAAAUCGAAGACAUAGUCAACGAGAUUGAGAAAGGGGCAGAAGAGAAAUAGACCUGUGAGAAUAAGCCUCAAUUUUUAAAUUGCAAGUAAA